CUGGUAGAAGAUGCAGCACGACAAGGGGGCUCUGCAAGCUCCGAGCCAGGAAGGGGAAGUUGGCUGAACUGCUUUUCUUUCUCUCUCUUUUUUUUUUCCUUCUAAGCAGGGUUAAGGUGAACUCCUAAGCAAUUGUGGAGUGAGGCCCCACCUCUCCCAGCCUGAGCUGCAGGCUCGGGUUACUCUCUCCUGCCUGGUUCUCAGGAACACAUAGUGAGCUUCACGCCUGCCUGCUGCUCCUGCCUGCAGCCAGAACCUGCCAGAGCCUGGCAAAAUACCUGGCAAAACACCCUUUGUAGAAUUCAGACUUUAUUUCGGGAAGAUUUCGCUGGCAAACAUCAGGUCAAGGAUGGAAUAGCACCACUUGAGAAGAGAUUCGGCAACCAAACUGCUGCAAACAGUAGCUGAGCAAUAUCAUCCUGUUAAUUUUAAUUUUUUGAUUAUUUUAUUUUAUUUUUUUUUCCCAAAAUCGGGAAGAUCCGUGCCCUCCCUGGUGAAGCCGUCAGGGGCAGGACUCUGGCAGUGAUGGCUCUGACUUCACCUGCGAAUGAGUCAGGGAGUGUUAUAAAAAGCGUGGACCUGCCAAGUCUCGUUUCUUGGAACUGAGUGGAAAUUUCAGCGAGCAGCUGCUCUUUCGUUAGUUUAUACUUUUCCUCCGCAGGUUUCCUGGAGAGGGAAUCAUAGAAACAUUACCACAGAGGACCUGUUGCUCCGUGUGGAUAACCGCGGCUCGGUGGAAAUAGCUGCCUAGUCCAGAUAUGAUUCUGAUCUUCCUGAGGGAUCUUGGUCAAGCCUGGAAGGAGCCUCGGGAAGGUAAUUAAGCAGUGAUUUCUCCUGUUGGGCAGCUGCCUUCUGAGUGCCUCUGGAGAGAUGCCAGCCAGCUGAACUAAGCAGGAGCAGGGACAGCAUCUACCAGGGCUGAAGUUUUAAGCUCAGGCACGUGACGUUUGCACAAGUGAUCUCUGGUGCUUUCUCCCAGGGAGUGACGGUGAGAAUGAAUGGACACAUAUCAAACACCCCUCCCGGUGGAUAUGGAAAUUACUUCCCUCAAAUGAAUGGCUAUGGCUCCCCAACGUUUGCUCAGGCAGAGAGGGAGCAGAAUUCAAGAACAAGUGCAAAAGCUCUCUAUGAACAAAGAAAGAAUUAUGCACGAGACAGUGUCAGCAGCAUAUCUGAAACGUCACAGUACCAUGUGGAGCACUUGACCACCUUCGUUCUGGACCGAAAAGAGGCAAUGAUUACAGUGGAUGAUGGGAUAAGGAAGCUGAAAUUGCUGGAUGCCAAAGGCAAAGUGUGGACUCAAGACAUGAUUCUUCAAGUGGAUGACAAAGCUGUCAGUUUGGUGGACUUGGAAUCAAAGAAUGAACUGGAGAAUUUUCCUUUAAGCACAAUUCAGCAUUGCCAAGCUGUGAUGAACGCAUGCAACUACAAUUCAAUUCUUGCAUUAAUAUGUAAAGAACCAACCCAAAACAAGCCUGAUUUGCAUCUUUUCCAGUGUGAUGAAGUUAAGGCUACCCUUAUUCAUGAAGAUAUUGAAAGUGCAAUCAGUGACAGUAAAAGUGGGAAACAAAAGAAGAGGCUUGAAACACUGAGGAUGAUCUCCAAAGCUGACAGUGCCAUCCCUCCUCCCCCCCGGGCUCCUGCCCCCGUGCCCCCCGGGACCCUCACCCAGGUGGACGUGCGGAGCCGCGUGGCCGCGUGGUCGGCGUGGGCGUCGGAGCAGGGCGACUAUGAAAAGCACAGACAAUACCCUGAGCAGGAAGAAACAGCAGAGAUGAUAGCAGCCAGGAUUGACAGAGAUGUUCAAAUUCUGAACCAUAUUUUGGAUGACAUAGAGUAUUUUGUUACCAAACUGCAAAAAGCUGCUGAAGCAUUUGCUGAGCUUUCAAAGAGGAAGAAAACUAAAAAAAGUAAAAAGAAAGGACCUGGAGAGGGUGUUCUCACUCUCCGUGCAAAACCACCACCUCCAGAUGAAUUUGUUGACUGCUUCCAAAAAUUCAAGCAUGGCUUCAAUCUUCUGGCCAAGUUGAAAUUUCAUAUCCAAAAUCCUAGUGCAGCUGAUCUGGUUCAUUUUCUCUUUACCCCACUACAUAUGGUGGUGCAGACAACAGGAGGCCCAGAGCUUGCUAGCACAGUGCUCAGCCCCCUCCUGACCAAGGACACCAUAGACUUCCUGAGAUACACCGUCACCAGCGAGGAGGGACAGCUCUGGAUGUCCCUGGGGGACUCAUGGACCAAAGCCAGAGCUGAAUGGCCAAAAGACCAUUUCAUUCCCCCCUAUGUGCCCCGUUUCCGAAAUGGUUGGGAGCCUCCCCUGCUGAAUUUCAUGGGAGCUCCAAAGGAGCAGGAGCUCAACCAUUUGGCUGAGUCUGUGGCCAACGUGGCAGAGCAGCAGCGGAAGCAAGAGAUGAAGAGACUGUCAAGUGAGCCUCCCGGCGUUCCCGACUACCCCCCGGCGGAUGGGUAUGCAUUCAGUAACACGGUGUACAAGAGAGGGCCUCUGCUGGACCAGGGGGCAGCUGUGGCUGCCUUUAAGCAAACUGUUAGCCGACAUGUAGAUAGAAACUAUGAAGCACACAAUAAAACACAGGGCAAGAAAUAUGCCAAAUGCAAGUACGAAUUCGUGGCAAGGAACAACAGUGAGCUUUCUGUCAUGAAAGAAGAGAUUGUAGAGAUUCUGGAUGACAGAAAGCAGUGGUGGAAGGUUCAGAACAAAAGUGGCAGCACAGGCUUUGUGCCAAACAACAUUUUGGACCCUCUGAGGAGCACAGAAGGCAGCCAGGGAUGGCCAGAGCCUGCCUACACCAGAACCAUCCAGAAGCAGCGGUCGGACUACGUGGCCAAGCCGCCGGAGCCCGGGGCCCCUGCCCCCGUGCCCGUGCCCAAGGCGCCGGCCGCCGUCAGCCGCCAGAGCAGCACCUCCAGCGACGGCGGCGGCGCCGCCCGCGACUCCCAGCGGCACAAGCAGAUUCCUGUGGAUCGCAGGAAAUCCCAGAUGGAGGAGGUGCAGGACGAGCUUGUCCACAGGCUCACCAUCGGCCGCAGCGCUGCCCAGAAGAAAUUCCACGUGCCACGGCCAAACAUCCCCGUGGUGAACAUCACCUACGACUCCUCUCCUGAGGAUGUGAAAGCCUGGCUGCAGUCCAAAGGGUUCAACCCUGUGACUGUGAACAGCCUCGGUGUGCUGACAGGGGCUCAGCUUUUCUCCCUCAAUAAAGAGGAACUCAGGACUGUUUGCCCAGAAGGCUCAAGAGUCUACAUCCAAAUUACGGUACAGAAAUCUGCCUUGGAGGCUAGCAGUGGUAGUUCAGAACUGCAAGAAAUUAUGAGAAGGCGGCAAGAAAAAAUCAGUGCAGCUGCCACAGAUUCAGGUGUGGAGUCCUUUGAUGAAGGAAGCAGCCACUAAAUGUGUUUUCUCUUUUCUUCAAUUCCAUUGUCCAUAGCAUUAAACCAUCCAGCUUUGCUUUAGGAAGCAGUGAGGGGGAAUGUCUUAUUGUAUUGUAAACCUAACUAGCCAACAUAAAGAAAAUGGACUGUAGUACCCACAGAAGUACCUGCUGCUGGCUCCUCAUCAUGAAAAAUGAGCAGAUGAGAAAUGCAGUGGAGAUUCCUGACAGGUGAAAAUAUUGGUACGUGAUUCAUUUGCACCCAGAGAUGAGUCUUGGCUCUAUGGAUUUAACGUGAUGGAUAAAUUGGAGCACGUCUUUGUUGGUGAUUCAUCUGAGGGAAGCUGAGCCAGCAAUAAAAAACCAUUUGAACCCUUCAGUCAAAAUAAGAUUCUGAAUCCCAUCCCUUGCUGUUGUGUGCAGUUAUGUCUCUUUUGGCUCAGUCUUUCUUGUCAGGCAUUUGGCUGCAGGAUGUUUACUUAAGUUGUCGACUCCAGCAAAUGUAGAGGAAAUGUUUAGGGAAUGAGCAGCAGCCCAACAUAGACUGAAUCUUUCCUGCAUCACUCCCGAGAUGUUUUAUUACUAAUGAUGCUGUUUGUAGCAAAAUAAUAUUCUGUACAUUGAUUUUAUCCAUAUUUCACCUGUGAUGAACUAUAAUAUUGAAAUAAGAAAGAGUAACUAGAAAAUAGUAACACAACCCAGCUCAAAGAGGUGAGAUCUGCUGUAGCCAUCCAACAACUCACAGUACAUUUUUAAAAAAUAUAAUUGCAUUUGUUUAUCUGUAACUUAACCCAUCAAAAAGAACAGUGCAUAACCUUGAUUUCUCUGUGUGUUGAUCCCAGGUAUCAGUUUUUCCUCAUGCAAAAAGCCUUUGUAAUUUCCUUUAUAAAUGUAAUCUUUUGGAGAAGUGUAUUCCUUGAAGGCAAAACAGGGGAAAAAAGAAAAAAGAAACAUCCCUUCCAGAAAAUGUUAUUUUUGGAGAUGCAAUGAUUUUUGUCACAAAAUGUUC